CCGGGGUCAUGGGCCAAGGUGAUGGAAAGUUUGGAAUCGUUUUUCUCUUGGAGCGACUAUUUUGAGCCACGGCUGCAUGCGCUGUCGCUGUUCUUCUCCAACAGUGGAAGGUACGAAAGUCUUCGGUGGAUAGUUCGACGGAAGGAUGCUUUUGCUUUCCUGCUUUCUGACCCGACAUUUGCAUCUGGGAGCAAAGAGUUGUCACAACAUGAGCUGGACAUGAUAGCAGAAAUAGCCGAUGUGAAUUCACCAGAUGGCGUGAAAUUCUGGGCCACAUGUUUGACAGUGCAAUGCUUGAGUGAUUGGGGAGUUUCGACAAGCGUCUGGUUCCACAGCUGUGCCUGUACCCAUCAUCAGUCCGACAAGGAAAAACAGCAGUGCCGAUUGAAAGGUCGUCGGGCAGUGGAACUAGCUGCCGGAGCGUGGCGUGGUCUCACUGAUUCGCUAAGUGGUUUAAAGCUGACCCCUGCUGCUCUCAAUGAGAUUUCCAAAUUGGAGAACAUUGGCAACCAAGAUUUGAAGUCAUUUGCGUCACGCUUGCUGCAUGACUUUCAAGACUGCCGGUCCACCAUGGUAUUUCGAUCUCAGCAAGCGUGGUCGUUUUGGGAUUCAAUGCCGUUUAGUCUCUUGCAAAUGGCAAAACCCCUGGUACCGCCACUUGUUGCAGAGACAUUGUCCCGAGCACAAGCAGAAAGCCUCAUGCUUGAGUUCGAUGCGUCGACCAACAAGACUUCUUUGGGAAUGAUAGCUUGGCAUUUCUUUGGCAACGACCACAACAGGAGCCGAUUGCUACAGUGGAUUCAUGGUGGUAAGUUGCCAAGAGACCUUGAACAGAUGCUGUUGGGGUAUGCAACAAGUCUGUGUGUGAUGCAGCGUUUAGAGGCACGUCACCACCUGGUUAACCUUAUGUUGACUCACGGAAGAGCGUCUAGCCCAGCAGCCACCAUGUCCAACCUGAGAAGGCGCAUGAACUGUGACGUUCAGCACCCAGCCUUUCAGCAGCUUCUCCCACAGUUGUUGGAUCGGUUUUCAGAAUUGGUGCCGGAACCGUGGGAUUCACGGAAGCAGCUGCUUGAAAUUGUUUAUGGAUAUGGGCUCAGCCAACUGCAUCCUGAUACAACAUUCGAGGAACAGCGGAUGGCCCGGCAUGCUGCGUUGACAGACAGCUUGGGUUCAGUGCCGGAUGCACCCAAGCUUGAUUGGGCGAACACUGUGGCGAUCAACAUCCUUGGGACUGUUGAAGGAGAAUAUGCUGAUGGGUCAACUGAAAUGCAGGUUCAACAGUUCAACUUGGGCUUCGGGGGCAGCCCCCCCAAAAAGAACUAUAAGGUAGUCAACCACGGUCUUUCCAUUAGCAAUGCCGUUUUGGAAAGACAACUUCGAGAUACCACAAGUACAUUGGAAAUCCAGACGCACAUGAAAGACAAUGGUUGGACAUUUGUGAACAAAUUGGAUUUGGCAAAUUUGCAUUCAAAAAAGUUGCUGCGGGACAACCCGAAAACCUACUACUCACUAGUCUUUCACUAUUACGACGGCUUACGCUACUAUGAGGAUGAGGGCUGGUUUCAUCACCGUCAGAUUGACAAAUACUACAUGGCUUUUGAGGCAGCAAUGAUUCACUUUCCCACAGAAAUCGUUGAAAUUCCACCUUACCAACAAGCUGCUUUCUAUGUGCAGUUGAACAAAUACCUGUGUGGUGAAAUUGUCAAUGACCCACGAGAAAGCAACACUGAAGAGGAGAAGGGUGAGAGUCCAGCCAAAGGGAGUGAUGUGGUUGAUACCAUCUCGGAUUCAAGCAGUGAGACUGGCCCGGUUGAACCAGAAUCCACAGAGCACUUUGAAUAUGUUUCACAAGCUUCCGGUCAGAUUGUCCAAGACAAUGUGCAUGAUGAUGCAAAUGUUCAACAUGAACAGGAUGCCGAAUGUGAUGUCGAUGAUGAUCCAAAUGCUGAAGGCAUUGAGCCGGAUCAACCAGCUGAAGUUGUUCAGCAAAAUGCUGAAGGUAUUGAGCUGGAGCAACCAGCUGAAGUUGAUACAGUGGCAGUCGCGACAGAGGCAGCCGAGGCUCCCGAUAUAGAGGCAGUCUUGGGAGAAGCAGAAGAGAAGUGCGUUGACUGUGAGGAAUUGAUCAAGCUGGUGGAUACCAUCGCAUGCGGCGGUAUCCGCUGCAAGACACGUAGGUUCAUUUCGACCUUGAAAGAGCGGUAUGAUUGGACUGACCAGGAUUAUGAGAAUGAGUGGCAACUUGCACACAGCAAUCCUAAGGCUGUCUGGAGCAGGGAUGAAUACAAUACUCCAGUUGUUUCCCUUCUCACUGUCACCACAGCUUCCAACGGUCGCAAAUUGUCCAGUCAAGCUGCAGUGACGACUGGUCGUGAUGUUGAGACGGAUGAUGUUGUGUCAUUGAUUCAGCUGAUCUUCAACAAGAAUCCAGAACAUUCGAUCUGUCUCGCAAGCCUCAAUCACUUGCAGAACAUGCCCGAGACUCCUGGUUCUGGAAAGCCUCUGGCCAUCAUGAAUGUUGGUGGUGCUGGGAAAGGUCGCGCAAAAGCCAAACCCAAAGCCAAAGGUGCCACCAGAAAGGAAGAGCCAUCGACACCCCAACCCGCCAAAAAACGAAAGGGAGAUGACGAAUUGCACCAGAUUGAUUUGAAGCGUCAGGUCGAUCAAGUCAAGGGCCUGCAGGCCGACAUCGAGCAGCAGAUUGCUGCAACAUCAGCUAGUACUGAGUUGUUUGAUCAUCGGUCUCUGGUGGAGGUUAGAUGGAAUCAACUUCAAGCCUUUGUUCUACCGGACAUAUCUCCAUCAAGCCUCUCUCCCAACACCAAGAAGAUGAAGCUUGAUGUCCACGGCGAUGGGUCUAGUUUGAGUACUACUUUGUUAAAGUCAUGCAGGGAAAAGUUUCAAGGAUACAUGCAGGCUUUGACCAAUGCAAGUGAUCGGCUGAAUGAAGUCCACAGGGAAGAAGUGGGUGCACUGGAAGAUGAGGCCGUUGACGAUGAGGGUUCCGCGGGAGAGGAUGCUGUGGGGCUCAACAACAUUCCUAGCUUCCUGAAAGAUUUGCCUGCUGAAUACCCCUUGAUGAAAUCUUUCAUGGAGUCGUUCUUGAUGACACCGGACAACUUGGCCAACGGUCACUAUGAGAGUGGAUCAGUAGUGGUCGGGCAUGGCCCUUCAAAUGCAGGAAAGCCAACAACGUGUGCCUACUGUAUCAGGGACUUGCCUCUUCCCAAUCUAGGUGCUCUUCCCAGACCUGCUAUGGAAGACGAAUUGCGGGCCGACACUUUGCGGGAGGUAUUUUCCGAUGCUGAACUUAAAGCAUUGGAUUUCACACUUGCUGGUUCAUCGCUUAUCAAGGAGAACUUGGCGGAGUUCAAGUGUCAGGCUGUUGCCUUGGAAGUGUACGAGAAGAUGCCUCACCUCAAGCGUAUCACGAAGAAAGAGAUUUCAGCGGAUGACAAGGAUGAGCAACUUACUCUCGGGCAAUUGGCAAAAGUACCGGAAUCAGGUGGCGGCACAGCCUCUGUUACGAUUGAUGAGUUCAGUGACGAUGAAGUGCUGACAACUUGUCGUCAGAUCCGAGAAGGGACACAUUUCCCUGGCUAUGUCGCAUGGGCGAUAAAUGAGUUCGGGUUGGAUGAUGAUGAUUUUGUGAAUCAGGUUUUGACUGCUGAGUCACCUGAUUUACGUCAAGAUCUUGUCAAUUUCUUGACGUAUGUUGAAGAAAAGAAAAUCGAGUUCAAACUGACAUGGCCAUCAAUGUCAAGUGGCAAAGCAACUGGCAAGUCAUUCGCACCAGCACCCUUGGUCAAACUUGAGACAAACAAAUCAAACAACACACAGCCAUCGCUGGCCGAAACAUUGCCAGCAGUCGAACCAUUGCCUUUGACAGCAAAUGGCAGCCCACCCGACGACGAAACACAACCAGCCCAGCCAGACAAAGCACAGCCAGCACAGUCAGCACAGUCGACAGAGCCAUUGCUGCAACUGGAAGAUGCAAAUGUCAGCACACUCAGCAGCACACCAGACAAAGCUCAGCCAGGGCCAGAGGAGUCUGAGAAGACCGGCUUACCAGACAAAGACCAGCCAACAAAGACAAAUGCACCACCGAUUACAGCUGAGCCAGCAAAGACCAUCUUGGACAAAGCACAACAGCAGACACCACUUACUGAACCAGCAGCAAAUGCCAGCUCAGCGCCAGCACAGCCAGAGUCAGUGAAGACCGGCUUAGCCAGCUCAGCAGACAAAGACCAGCCAACAACAAAGACGUCACCGAGUACGACUGAGCCAGCAAGCUCAGACAAAGCACAGCAGCAAACACUACUGACUGAACCAGCAGCAAAUGCCAGCUCAGCGCCAGGCUCAGGCUCAGCAGCAGACGCAGACAAAGCACAGCCAGAGUCAGUGAAGACAGGCUUAGCCAGCUCAGCAGACAGAGACCAGCCAACAACAAAGACGUCACCGAGUACGACUGAGCCAGCAAGCUCAGACAAAGCACAGCAGCAAACACUACUGACUGAACCAGCAGCGAAUGCAGCAGCAGACGCAGACAAAGCACAGCCAGAGUCAGAGAAGACCAGCUCACCAGACAAAGCACAGACAGAGUCACCAGAGACAAACUCUGCCACUGUCAAUGCCUCUCUGCCAGCUGAGACGACCAAUGCCAACACCGCUCCACCGCAGCAGAAAGUCAAAACAGAAGAAUCGCUGGACAGCCGUUCCCUUAUCAACACAGUUGCAUUUUGCAACAAUGAUGUGAUUGAUAUUAUGUCCAGCCAAGAGGAAGAACAAAAAGAUGCUGAGCCAAAACAGGCCAACCAGCCACCACAUGCUGAAGCCACAGCAGCAGAUUGCAGUGAUGAUGAUGCAAACUUCGCCAGCAUGCCGGCCCGAAAAUCAGGAAAAGACAAAACUUCUCCGUUGCCCAAGUGCCCCGCAAAAAAAGCAAAAGCAUUGGCGGCAGAGGUUGAGGAGUCAGGGAAGAAACGGAAGAAGGAUGAGGAGCGGCCGAUCAAGUUCACUCCAGUGCCUAAAGGUACCGGCAUCUCCUUUUUUGGUGAGAAUGCUGCCCCCGCCGCACUCAUCAUUGGAAAAUUCAACUUAGCGAUUAGCGACUGCGACUUAGCGAUUGUAAGAAGCAAUCGCACAAGGUCAGAGAGAGAGAUCAG